AUGGGUGAUGGGCCAUGCUCAAAUCUUACUUAUCCGGCAUUCAAUAUCACUGAAUACGUCUUUCUCACGUUUGGAGAACGUUGCCUUCCGUAUUCGAUUGUUCUGCCGACGGUUACUUUUUACACUGUAAUAUUUGUGGCGGGUAUAUUCGGUAAUGUUUGCACGUGUGUUGUGAUUGCAAAAUGUUCAUUUAUGCAUAAUACCACAAAUUAUUAUUUAUUUAGCUUGGCAGUUUCCGAUCUGCUCAUCUUACUCGUUGGUUUACCAAUGGAACUUUAUGAUGUAUUAGGCAGCACAUAUCCUUAUAAAUUUGGUACAGUUGUAUGCAAAGUAAGAGCAUUCUUGAUCGAAUUUACAUCAUAUGCAUCAAUUUUUAUCAUAGCAGCAUUUACAAUGGAACGAUGGCUCGCUAUUUGA